GUUUUCCAGUAAAAACAAACUUCGGCGGGCGGCAGGACCCGGGGCGGGCGCAACAUGACGCCAGACCUCCUGAAUUUCAAGAAGGGCUGGAUGUCCAUUCUGGGUGAUUCUGGUGAGUGGAAGAAACAUUGGUUUGUUCUGACGGACUCCAGCUUGAGAUAUUACAGAGACUCCACAGCAGAGGAGGCCAAUGACCUGGAUGGAGAGAUUGACUUACGGAACUGCAGCAACGUCACUGAGUACCAGGUGCAACGGAACUAUGGAUUCCAGAUUCAUACGAAGGAACUGGUUUACACCCUGUCGGCAAUGACUUCUGGGAUUCGAAGGAACUGGAUCGAGGCUCUCAGAAAGAACGUUCGCCCGAACUCUUCGCCCGAUGUGACAAAGAGGAACAAUUGGAUGAAAACCCCAUCUUCAAAAGCCAGUUUAACAGACAGUAAUAAAGAAAACACUUUCUGCGACGCAAUCGCCAGAAGGACUGCAGUGAGACAGGAGGCAGCAUCUGCGGACAGGACGUGGGGGAGCCGCAGGGCAGACGGCCACGAGCAGCGCCCACCCGCGCACGACUUCGUGGAGCUGGAGCCCGUGCAGCAGUCGCGGGCGCUGGAGUCCGCCGCCUCACGCGCGCAGGAUCCCAUGCCCGCCCGUGCCCCGGAGCUAGCCACCACGUGUACCUCGGAGUCCGCGGUCCCGCGCGGGCAGGACUCAGCCAGGGCGGACGAGCUGCAGCGCGACCAGGCGCAGCGGAUCGCCGAGCGGAGCAAGUGGUUCGAGUCCACAGUCCAGAACGAGAGCCCGAGGAAGGGGACAGACUGCUUUGUGCCCGUCCAAAUCCCCGAGCCCCUCAGCAAGGACAUCGAGGUGAAGUGGCAGGAGCUGGAGCGCAUUCCUCUGCGGGAUCACAAGCAGGUCCCCCUCGUCUGCUUACGGCCUUCCCAGUCCAACCUGAACGAUGGUGGCACAUCGGGGACCACGGAUCGGCUGAAGAAGGAGAUCUCCUCCCUAAAUAUACAGCUGGAUGAAACCAGGAAAGAGCUGGAAUCUUUCCGGGAGCAGAGCUGUCGGCUGCAGGGGCAGUUAAAUGCAUCCGAGGAACUGAGAAAGCAGGUUCCUAAAGGCUUCAUCUCUCAGGCAACCUGCGAGCGCAGCUUCAUGGAGAUGGAGGAAUCCCACCGGAAGGCAAUGGAGGAGCUGCAGCGGCAACAUGAACGGGAGUUGCAGAGGAUCCAGCAGGACAAAGACCGCCUGUUGUCCGAGGAAACCAACGCCACCAUCGCCGCCAUUGAAGCAGUGAAAAAGGCACACCGUGAAGAGCUGGAGAGGGAGCUGGAGAGACUGCACUGCACACAGAGCAUUGCGGCCAACAGCGAUCUGGAGAGACUGAACAAGCAGCACCAGGAGGAGCUGCAGUCAUUGCAGCGGGAGCUGCAGGUGCUGUCGGAGCAGUACUCCCGCAAGUGCCUGGAGAUCGACUGCCAGGUGAAGGAGACACAGUUGCGGGAGAAAGACCUGUCACGGAGCCAGAGGGAGAACAAGGAGCUGCUGCGGCAGAACCAGGAGCUGAAUGGCCAGUUGUCAGAGGAAAUAGCACGAAUACGGGAGCUUGUCACAGGAAAGAGCCAGGACAGCACAGCCAAUUCGUCCAUCAUGGGUGACAGAGACAGCUGUGAACUGGAGGUGCUGCUGCGGGUGAAGGAGAACGUGCAGAACCUCAGGAAGGAGACCCUGUGCCUACGCGACGAGCUUCAGACCAUGCAGUGGGAUAAGAAGUAUGCAACGGACAGGUACAACGAUAUUUUUGUAGAGUUAAGUGUCAUGAAGGUCAGAACGGAGCGCGAGCUGUGCCAGGUGAAAGAGCAGCUGAAGCUGGCCUUGUCCGCGCUGAAAGAGAAGGAGUCUUUGCAGAACAGCGUUGCAAAAUGAUGACCCUCGCUGGCCUCACCACAGAGGAAGAGACCCAGCGAUCAAGCCUUCAGUCCCGACCGGAGGUUCGGAAUUCCCUGCGGAUGCAGAGGUGCCGGGAAGACUUGCUCCGUGCCUUUCUCUCUUUUCCUAUUUUUUUAAUGAUGUUUCCCAAUGUCGAUCACUGCUGUGAAAUUAAAACUGAAUAUAUAUAUAUGUAUACACACCGGUUAUCAGUUGUCACCCUGCUGCCUUCAACCCCCACCCCCCCGUCCUACCCCCAGCCCCAAGCCAUCAGAACACCUUGGUGCAGUUGCCGUGGUAACCUGCAACCACCGGGCAUUUGACCCGUAAGGCUCUCGCUCUUCAGAUGCGUGCAAGUCAGUGGCUGUUGAAACCGCAGCGCUCCCUGCGUCCUGCGUCUCCCCGUUUUACUGGAACGGACACAGCCCACUGGCACCAUAGCUGGCUUGGUGUCCAGGGUGUCCAACACAGGCUGGGUCGAGUCCCCGGGGCUUCCUUCCCUUGUUCCGCCCACCCAGCCAUUCCUGGUCAGCCGAACAUCCACCCUCGGAUCAGCCAACGGAAAUGGGCAUGGACCGCAGGAAUAGUGUGCAACCUGCCUCCUGCCAUCACCCUCAGUUCGGAGAAAGAAUCAGGAACAUUCUGCCUUUAUGGGGGGUGCUCAUCAUCCCUCCAUAGAACAUAGAACACUACAGCACAGUACAGGCCCUUCGGCCCACGAUGUUGUGCCGACAUUUUAUCCUGCUCUAAGAUCUAUCUAGCCCUUCCCUCCCACAUAGCCCCUAUUUUUCUUAUCAGUCAUGUGUCUAUCUAGGAGUCUCUUAAAUGUCCCUAAUGUAUCUGCCCCCACAACCUCUGCCGGCAGUGUGUUCCACACACCCACCACUCUCUGUGUAAAAACUUGACAUUCCCUUAUACCUUCGUCCAGUCACCUUAAAAUUAUGUCCUUACCUGUUCCUUGGUGAUCAGUCCAGACGUCUUCGUCCCCCCAACUUUUCAUUAUCAAUAGUGAACCAUGGCAUUGACUUUGUAAUGUCCUGCGACCUUCCUCCCAGUGAGGCCCACGGCAGCUUCCAGGAAGUGAACCGGCCAUAUUCCUGGAUCCCAGGAUAGACUGAGGUGGUUGGUGACCCUAGUUGGGGUCAGCUCUGUGUGGCAGGAUGGUCAGCAGCAGCAUUCUGGAUCCUUCUCUCUCCUCCUCCACUACCCAAGCCACUGUAAUUCCAUGGGCAGGUGACUGAGAAAGAAAAGCAAGUUAUUAUUACCGUUAGAUGCUGUGUGAGAUUCCCAUUUGGUCUGUGCCUGCGGUGCCAAGGCUUUGGACAGUUGCAGAUGUGUUUUUCAUAUUCCCGCCCCAUCUCGAUGUUGUGCCACAGUCCAGAAACUCCCUCAACCCAGCAGGUUUAAUAGACAAAAGCAUUCACUCCCUCAAGCCUGUUCUGCCAUUCAUUUUGAUCGUUGGUGGGGGGAGGAGGGAGGGGUCUUAACUCCCUCACUCCCACCUUGGUUCCAGAAGUCCUUAACACCCUUGUCCAACGGGACAUGGAAGGGUAGGGGGUGAGGACACCCAGGACUGGGGCCAGACCUGUCACAGGGCAUCGAAAUCCACGACUAAAGGUCACUUGGGGAAGUUCCUCUGCCUUUUCUCUCUAGUUUCUGGACGUGGCAUCUGUAAUGUUUCCCCCCGCUCAUACCUCAACUCUCUCUCCUGUCCAACUCACUAUGUACCCAUGGUGUGAGUGCUGCCUGCUUAUUUGCCACGUUCCAUACUUCCUUACAACAGGAGGAGGCCAUUUGGUCCAUUGAGUCCAUGCUGACUCUCAGAACAAUCCCAUUCCCUCACUAAUUUUCCCUGUAAUCUGUGCUUCACGUUGACUUCCCCCAGAUUCGAACACUCACUCAGAUAAUUUACAGCAGCCAAUUAACCCACUGAGUCUUUGGGAUGUGGCAAGAUACUGGAACGCCCAAGGGAAACCCACACAGUCACAGGGAGAACGUGCAAAACUCCACACAGACACACCCGAGGUCAGGAUCGAACCGGGGUCUCUGGAGCUUGGAGGCAGCGGCUCUACCCACCGUGCCACUGGGGGACUCUGCCUCCCUCCGUCACUUCCAGUCUCUCCCCACCAUUCCCGCCCUCUCUCCAAGCCAGUCCCCACCAUCCCAGCUGCUCCCAGCCUCUCCCGACCACUCCCAGCUGCUCCCCGCCAUCCCUGGCUCCCCUGAUUGCUCCUAGCUGCUCUCAGACAUUCCCAGCUGGUCAACCGUUGCUGAAUUGUCUGCAGAAGGAACAGAGUGAACGCAGACAGAACACAGAUACCAGCAGCUGUUUAUACUCCAUCUUGUAAGUAGAGUACGAUGUGUAGAGUGGGUAGGUAAUAAUCCUGGGACCCAUGAAUAAUUCUGUGAUGUUUGGUAGACCUGUGGUUGCCCUGCAGUGACCUCACGCACUGACGGUAUCUGCUCAGUGCACUUACUCCUCCCAUUCACCUGAGGUGUCGCAGCCAACGGCUGACGUGACUUUGGUGGGUUCACCAACCUGUCCACUCACAGCCUUACCCCUCCGCCAUUGCUGAGCCUGACCACCCAGCCCCCCCCGUGUCGGUGAGUCCUGGACGUCCAACUCACCACCAGCUCCACUCCCACAACUGCAGAGCGACCCGACCUCCACUGCCUGGUGUUCCACGUUUGGCCCCAGAGGGAGGAGUGCCUGUUCUGUUGAAUACAGAGCCGUGGUCUUUGGUUCCCUCCACAACUGCCUCCCCAUGGACUCCAUCCCGCUCCCUCUGUCUGAGGCUGAACCAAACGGUGUCCCACUUGUCCCCAGGCUGAACUGUGGACGCAUGACGUGCCCACCACUGAGAGCAGCUCCUUCCAUUGCUGAAGCCACUCUCCAGCCCCAACCCAGCUCAUCCUCAGAACCCCUCCCCCCUCCCCAUUGCUGCCUCCGGGUUAGGGUCCCAACCCCACCCACCCUGGAGCUCUUCCCGAACCGCGUGGUGACCUAACCCGCACCACGUCCCUGCCCUCCGCACGGUGGCACCGGGCAGCCCUUCCCUUUCAUUACAGCCUCACCCCUCCGGAUCGCUGUCACCUCAUCCGGUCCUCUAACCAUCUCCCAUCUCUGCACCCCGCUAGUCCUCAUCCCAUUACUGCCCCACAGAAGCCCAGAGCCUGCUGACGCCUCCACCAAACCCUCUCCCUGUCUCCUCCUCAACGAUUGACCAGGAUCUCUGCCGAUUGUCUUAAUGUCACCUUAAAUGGCUCGGUGUUUACUAAAGCUGUGAAGUGCCUCAGUGACGGUUUAUGACUCUUGAGGCAACGUAUAAUCGUUAUGACCUCCCCCUGGGCUUCGGCUAGCUCCUCUGGCACCAAUGUCUCCUGUGUUUGCCCGGUUACCAGCUCUCCCCGGACAGAAAUGCUUUCUUUGUGAGUUUUAGGGUGGCCAGUUGUGUGUGAGAGCUGAGAACUGCCACACCAGCACAUGGCGGGGUUUCAGAAAGCCCCAGGCAGCACCCUGCCUGCUACAUUUAUAAAUGCGCUUCAUGGAAGUCUGCAUUCUGCACGCCUCGUGCCCACCUCGUACAGAGGACAAGCAAACGCAUUAUUCCCUGUUGCAUCCGCACUCCCGCAGGUCACAGAUCAACACACAAGGCAGCUUCAAUGCAAUAGUUACAGCAGUGUGGUCUGGAGUGGCUGAUAAUGUAUUGAGGAAGCUACUGUGAUAUGAAGCAACUGCAAUAUCUUAAAGAGUAUUUUCAUUGUAGACUGGCAUAUAAAAUAAAUCUGUUAAAUAU